AAAUCUUGCACUGGCACCGACGGAAGAUCCCAGCCAUCGCUUCAUCAUCCUCGUCCGUCGUCCAUCGUUCAUCGUCCGUCGUUCGCAUACAAUCUCCUCUGCUCGCCCUCUUCCACAGCAUGGCAUCCACAUCCUCCUCUUCCUCCGCAGCAUCAACCUCCUACGUCCUCCCCGGGCAGCCACUCCCACCUCCACCCUCGAGCACAGCAGCCACCACCUCUUCCACUGGCGUCUACUCGCGCGGCGAAUACCUCCUCUCCUCUCUGCUCGGUCAGCCCUCCUACCUCAAACCAGCAUCUGCGAAGAGCAGCAAGAGCUACACCAGGCAAGGAAGCGGGACUGUCACCAAUGGGGCUGCUGCGCUACAGGCAAGGGUCGAUACACCACUAGCGCCGCACCUCCGCUUACCAGAGCCAGACUCGGUCGUGCUGGGCAGAGUGACACGGAUCACCAGUCGGCAGGCCACUUGCUCCAUUCUCCUCGUCUUGCCCUCUACUUCGUCCAAUUCAUCAAGUACUCCAGCACCCACAUCCGCAGCGCAAGCCGGCUCCACGACGCGCCUCUCGCAGACGCUCGCCUCUGGUCGCGCAAACCAUGCAGCUGGGGAAGACCCUGCAGGUUUGGACUUUAGCGGGGUGAUUCGCUCUCAGGAUGUCCGUCUUACAGAGACGGACAAGGUCAAGAUGGGAGAGUGCUUCCGUGUGGGAGAUCUAGUGCGGGCAAGAGUGAUCUCCCUUGGCGACUCGCGCUCUUACUAUCUCAGCACAGCAUCCAAUGAGCUCGGUGUACUCUUCGCCACAGUCUCUACACCAGCCGACGUCCUGCCUUCCUCGAGCAACAGCGCACUGUUGCCCAGUCGUCUAUCAAACCCUGUUUCGGCCUCUGGAGAGUCUCAACAGACAGGCACAGCAGCCACAGCAGCAGGUGCAGGCGUCGUGGGAGUGGAAGGGGCACUACGUCCGCUCAAUUGGCAAGAGAUGGUGCAUCCUGCUACGGGCACGAGGGAAAAGAGAAAGGUGGCCAAGCCCGAUGGGGUCUGAGCGACAAAGGCGGGAGGGGAGGGGAGGGGAGGGGAGGGG